AUGGAGGCGUCGGCCACGGAGCGCACCCUCGGAGUCACCGAGCUCCUCGAGCUCGUCCUGCUAGAACUCCCGAUUCGCGACAUUUUCCAAGCUCAGCGAGUCUCUCAGCAGUGGAAGGCGGUCAUCAGCAACUCCUCGCCACUUCGAAAAGCCAUGUGGCUGACCCCGGUCGACUCCUCGUCCACUCAAGCCAAACACGACGAGGUCGAGCUUCCUACACACAGCCGACUGUAUUCCCUAACCGACAAAAACCAUCCCCGCGUCCUAGCCGCCAAGCACUUCAACCCGCUUCUGCCACUCGGGGAAGACAAUUACCGGAUCGAGCUCAUGAUGAAGGGUUGGCUGUCUGAAUUUGUACGCGAGGAAUUGGUUCUGGUUGUUCCGGAUCCCACGGAGUGGAAGCACUCUUUCAGUCUAGUUGCUUCCAAAGGAGAGGACAAGGCAGCCUGGGAGGACAUGCAAGUUUUCAGCCCGCCAAUCACGCGCUUUGAGAUCCACAUCGUCGACACGAAGAAGGGAACAGUAUAUGUGCACAACAUGCCAAAGUUGUACAAUGAAAACGGCAUCCGGAUGGGAGAGAUGAUGAAGCAGCUGUACGUGGUCCUGAAGAAACUUGAACAUGUUUUGUGA